GACGGCCUCACGACAGUGCCGCAAAGUGACCUUCUAGUUUACGAUAGCUGGAUUAGAAUCUAAAGCAGGCAUGGGGAAGCCUCGGAGGAAAGUGGAAUUCAGCCAUGCUGAACGGAUGAUGAUGACAAUUGCUGAUAUCCUCAAAGAGCUGGUUGAAGCUCAUGAGCAAGGGAAGGAUGUCAACCUUAACAAAGUGAAAACAAAGAUUGCCUCAAAGUAUGGACUGACCUCACAGCCCAGGCUUGUGGACAUCAUCGCAGCUGUGCCUCCUCAGUACAAAAAGGUGCUGGUGCCAAAACUGAAAGCAAAACCUGUACGGACAGCCAGCGGGAUUGCUGUGGUUGCAGUGAUGUGUAAACCACACCGAUGUCCUCACAUCACCUUCACGGGAAACAUUUGUGUGUACUGCCCUGGAGGCCCAGACUCUGACUUUGAAUAUUCAACCCAGUCUUACACAGGAUAUGAGCCUACCUCAAUGCGAGCUAUACGUGCCAGAUAUGACCCUUUCUUACAGACAAGGCACCGUGUGGAGCAGCUGAAACAAUUGGGGCAUAGUGUGGACAAAGUCGAGUUCAUUGUGAUGGGUGGGACAUUCAUGGCACUUGGAGAGGAGUACAGGGAUUACUUCAUCCGGAGCCUACAUGAUGCCCUGUCUGGGCACACCUCCAACAGCGUGGCAGAGGCUGUCAAGUACUCUGAGCGUAGCAGUACGAAAUGCAUUGGGAUUACGAUUGAGACCAGACCAGACUACUGUCUGAAACGCCAUCUCAGUGACAUGCUGCAUUAUGGGUGCACGCGAUUGGAGAUUGGAGUGCAAAGUGUCUAUGAAGAUGUAGCCAGAGACACUAACAGGGGUCACACGGUCAGAGCAGUGUGUGAAUCAUUUCAGCUGGCAAAGGAUGCUGGCUUUAAAGUUGUGGCGCAUAUGAUGCCUGAUCUCCCCAAUGUUGGUCUGGAGCGUGACAUCGAACAGUUCAUUGAGUUCUUUGAAAACCCUGCUUUUCGCCCUGAUGGUAUGAAGCUGUACCCUACCCUGGUGAUCCGUGGCACAGGACUUUAUGAACUCUGGAAAACCGGCCGAUACAAAAGUUACUCUCCCAGCACAUUGGUGGAUUUAGUGGCUCGGAUUCUUGCACUUGUACCCCCAUGGACACGGGUAUAUCGCGUUCAGAGGGAUAUUCCAAUGCCUCUAGUCAGCUCUGGGGUGGAACACGGAAACCUCCGAGAACUAGCCCUGGCCAGGAUGAAAGACUGGGGAACUGAGUGUCGAGAUGUUCGGACAAGAGAGGUUGGAAUCCAGGAAAUUCAUCAUAAAGUCCGACCGUAUCAGGUAGAACUGGUAAGAAGAGAUUACGUUGCAAAUGGUGGCUGGGAAACAUUCCUGUCAUACGAAGAUCCUGAGCAAGACAUUCUGAUUGGAUUACUCCGCUUGCGAAAGUGCUCUGAAGAGACGUUCCGAGCUGAGUUGAAGGGAGGAGUCUCUAUUGUGCGUGAGCUCCAUGUGUACGGCAGUGUUGUACCUGUUAGUGCGAGGGAUCCAUCCAAGUUCCAGCAUCAGGGUUUUGGAAUGCUUUUAAUGGAGGAAGCUGAACGGAUUACUCAAGAGGAGCACGGAUCUUCCAAAAUUGCAGUAAUUUCAGGGGUUGGUACAAGGAAUUACUAUAGGAAGAUCGGAUACGAAUUAGAAGGCCCCUAUAUGGUGAAGCAUCUGAACUGAGUAGCCUCUCUCUCCCUGGAGUUGCUGAACACAAAACUGGGUGAAGGUCCUGAUGGGAGGCAGCUGGGCUCUUUUAUAAGGAAAGACAUCUGCUGUAUCACUUCAGGGUGUUAAUAUUCUGCCGAGGCGCUGAUGCCAUCACUCCUGGUUUCUGGAUAUACAGAUUAUUGUACAGCUUUAGACACAGCGUGAUGUAUCUUCAUUGGAUAUGUGUACAGAUGGUUGAUUAAUGCAAUAUGUACUGUUACAGGGGUCAGAGAGUAACCUCAAUCUCUGGUACAACCUUCAAUUGCCUCCAUUAUCAAUACCCUCACAGUCAAAGGAGGUAUUUAAUUUAUCUCAAAGAAAAUGGGGGACUGUAUUUGAUCAACGUAGAACAUUUCAGACCACAAUGUUGUACCUACUCCAAGAUUAAUCUAAUCUUUCCCUCCACAGAGCCCUCCUUUUUUUUUCAUCCAUGGGCCUAGCUAAGGAACUCCUAAAUAUCCCUACCAUAUUUGUUUCUGUCAACACCCCUGACAUUUCCCACUCCCCAUACUUUCCUCCAAUUAGCUUAAAGCUAUUCCCUCUGGUACUAGCUAUUGCCAACCUGGAAUAAAGGCACUCUCUUCACCUUGUACACUUGCAGAAGCACAAUUAUGAAAGUGCUUCUGAAUAAUCUUAAGUAAAAACAGAACUGUGCACAUAAAAUUGUGUAUUUCAAUAAUAUUACUAUGGUAUGUUCCCUUAACGUGCCACUGGGAAGUACAAGCUUGGAUAUUAGAACGGAACAGCACUGUACAGGCCCUUUGGUCUACAAUGGUGUGCUGGCCUUUUAACCUACUUGUUACAAACACCUGAUAGGGUGUGUUCUCCAGUUACCUUAUAAGGUAACUAUAGCCUUCAGCCAGGAACAGGUGGUUCCCAACCUUCACCGAGUGUUUCUACUGUUAACCAUGACACUCUCCAGUUGGUGGGCCGGUAGUGGUGGCCAAAUCACUGCCCAUCUGCUCCUGGCUUCCAGCUUCCCUCCUCUCACCUACUCCAAAUCCAACAAGAUACUCGUAUUGCCUCUUCCCCAAUCCUAUGAGCUGCUUGUUUUUUUGCUCCUUUCAUCCAGGCCCAGAUCUGAUAACAACCACCAUGCUGAAUUGGUUGGGAAACCUCUGCAGCCGAUCUCCACAGGGAACAACCAUGCCUGCCAUCCCUGGUCUUUACACUCCUGCGGUAAGGGCUGGUACUUCAAGGCCUUUCUCUUGCGGGCCUCUUCCCAUCCCUCCUCCCAUGGCACAGUCAGCUCAACCAGAAUUAUUUUCCUGUCUUUGGUUGACCACAGUACAAUGUCCAGCCGUAGGGUUGUGCACUACAUCUGGGAACCGCAACCUUCGUCCCACAUCAACCCUGAUCUCCCAGGACCUGGCCAUCAAGAGAUCAACCCAAUGUCUGAUGUAUUAGCUGCUACCAACACCACCAAAAUUAAUUAUUAAAUGAUUCAAGCCUUUGCUCCCUAUUGGAAUGCACUUCCAGGUAUGGAUCACACAAAAUGCUGGAGGAGCUCAGCAGGUCAGGCAGCAUGUAUAGAAAGGAAUAGAGUUGAGAUUUCAGGCCGAGACCCUACGUCAUAAAGAGUCCUGAAUACUGGCCCAAAAUACUGACUUUAUUCCUCUCCAUAGAUCGCCUGACCUGCUGAGUUCCUCCAGCAUUUUGUGUGUGUUACUUUGGACUUCCAGCAUCUGCAGAAUCUCUUGGUUCCAGCUAUGAAUUGUUCCCUUGCUGAAGAACACCAUCCCAUUAUCCUUUUUACUUAUCCCAUUUGCUCAGUUUUGAACUAGUGCUCAAUCCUGCUCAAUCUGUCCAUGCACAGGCACCGUGUCUGCAGCAAAACAGACUAUUCAGUCUACAAUAUAAAACUCCCUCCAUCAGUUGGUUACAAGUGAUCUGCUCCCGCCCAUCCCACAAAUGACUGUAGCUGACCGUGGCACAGGAUCUGCUGAAAGGUCUUAUCAAAUGGUGAGAGACUCUCCUUGCAUUGGAGAUUCAUAUUGUAACAGCCAAGAUAAUCCUUUUCCUGGGAAAAUUAAAAUCUAAUUGUUUUCAUCUGUAAACUCAGCAAGUCAGCUGGGCAUUUUUAAACAUUUUUAAUAAAAAUACUUUCU